AUGUCUGAUUUAGAUCAAAUUGGUGUACAAAGAGUUCGCAGAUCUGUUCGAAGAGUGCCAAACUCUGUAUCUGCUCCUAUAUUCAAUGAUAAUCCCCUUCAAGGUUAUCCAUCAAUGAAAGAAGCCUAUAAUUCUCCGAAUUUUCAAAAUGGAAAUCAAAUAAAUUACAUAAACGGAAUGCUUAAAAUGCAAUCAUUGUAUCAGCUAUAUCCUGAAUUAAUGGAGAAAAUUGAUACAGUAAAACAACAACAUUCAGAAAUACAAAACGAACUUAAAGCUCAUGAAGAUAAAAUAGAAAUAUUAGAACGCCAAAUGAUGAUAUUCUUUGGUAAAAUGGAUAGAUAUGCUCAAAUGGCUCAGCGCCAAGAUUUAUCAGGUCCUGCCAUGCAAAAUAUGCAACAAAAUCAAUUCGGAAUGCAGCAAAGCUACGGAUUCCCAGGAAUGUAA